AUGGCCGACGGACUUCAAAUGGGCAACUUGUCCAUCAACGACUCCCAGCACGCCCCCCAGGGCAACGGACCCCCUGGCCGUGCCGCUUAUAUCCCUCCUCACCUUCGUGGCCGCCCCAACAUGGAUGGUGCUAGUGCUCCUCCUCCUGGCCCCGGUGCCGGUGCUCCUCGCGACGGUCCUCGUGGCAACUGGGCAAAUGCUAACGCUCCUGAUUUCAGCCCUCGUCCCGCCAACGGAAGUGCAGGUGGCAGCAGUGGUGGUGGUGGUUAUGCCGGUGCCUCUGCCCGCGGUUCGGGAGAUGGCCAGUGGCGCGACGGCAAGCACGUCGCCGGUCCCGCCAACGCUCGUCUCGAGCGCGAACUUUUCGGUGUCCCCAACGACCCCACCAAGCAGCAAACCGGUAUCAACUUCGCCAACUACGACGAUAUCCCCGUUGAAGCUUCCGGUCAAGAUGUCCCCGAGCCCCUCGCCAGCUAUGUUGUCCCUACCCCCGUCCAGAAGUACUCGAUCCCCAUUGUGAUGAACGGUCGCGAUCUGAUGGCUUGUGCCCAGACCGGUUCCGGAAAGACCGGUGGUUUCCUUUUCCCCAUUCUCUCCCAGGCUUUCCAGACCGGUCCCUCUACUGCCCCUCAACAGGCUUCUGGUCAGUUCAGCUACGGCCGUCAGCGCAAGGCUUACCCCACCUCCCUCAUUCUCGCUCCCACUCGUGAGCUGGUCUCCCAGAUCUUUGACGAGGCACGUAAGUUCAGCUACCGUUCGUGGGUCCGCCCCUGUGUCGUCUACGGUGGUGCCGAUAUUGGCUCCCAGCUGCGCCAGAUCGAGCGUGGUUGCGAUCUGCUCGUUGCCACCCCCGGUCGUCUCGUCGAUCUGAUUGAGCGUGGUCGUAUCUCCCUUGUUAACAUCAAGUACCUGGUUCUUGAUGAGGCUGAUCGCAUGCUGGACAUGGGUUUCGAGCCCCAAAUUCGCCGCAUUGUCGAGGGUGAGGAUAUGCCUCGCGUUGAGGACCGCCAGACUCUCAUGUUCUCGGCCACCUUCCCCCGUGAUAUCCAGAUGCUGGCCCGUGACUUCCUGAAGGACUACAUUUUCCUGUCGGUUGGCCGUGUCGGUUCUACCUCCGAGAACAUUACCCAGAAGGUCGAGUACGUCGAGGAUCACGACAAGCGCUCCGUUCUGCUGGAUAUCCUCCACACUCACGGCACGACUGGUCUGACCCUGAUCUUCGUCGAGACUAAGCGCAUGGCCGACUCCCUCUCCGACUUCCUGAUCAACCAGCGCUUCCCUGCCACUGCCAUUCACGGUGACCGCACCCAGCGUGAGCGUGAGCGUGCUCUGGAGUUCUUCCGUAACGGUCGCUGCCCCAUCCUGGUCGCCACUGCCGUUGCUGCUCGUGGUCUUGAUAUCCCCAACGUCACUCACGUCAUCAACUACGAUCUGCCCACUGACAUCGAUGACUACGUUCACCGUAUCGGUCGUACCGGCCGUGCUGGUAAUACCGGUAUUGCCACCGCUUUCUUCAACCGUGGCAACCGUGGUGUCGUUCGUGACCUUCUUGACCUCCUCAAGGAAGCUCACCAGGAGGUUCCCGCUUUCCUCGAGAGCAUUGCUCGCGAGGGCAGCAGCUAUGGUGGUCGUGGUGGCCGUGGCGGCCGUGGCCGUGGUGGCUCCGCCGCCACCCGCGAUGUUCGUCGUAUGCCCCCCCCCUGGCGGUUUCGGCGGCGGCUACAGCUCUACCCCAUCAUACGCGGCGGUGGCAGCGGCUACGGCGGCGGUGGCGGUGGUGGUGGCGGCAGCUACGGCAACCCCUCUGGCGCUGGUGGCCCCUCUUCCUGGUGGUAA